AUGGACAUUAGAAGGAGGACAACCUAUUUGUCUCGAGGUGCUGAUGGCCGUCCGUCGCACAACUACAGUUCGUUUUUUCAAUCUGCACAGAAAAAAUAUUGCAAUGCAGAUCCUGAAAGUGGUAUUCGUCUCGUUGGACCAAUGUUUGAACUAACUGCUUGUGUAGAGCUUAAAGGAGAUGAGGAAGAUUUUGAAACGAUGUAUCCGGAUACAUCACUUUCAUUUGGCCCAACUAUUUGUUCAUUUGGCCUGAAGUAUAACGAUCAUAAUUACGCCCUUCCUUCAGGAUUAACUCCUCCCUCAAUGGCACCCCAUUUAAUGGAUCUUCAAGUGCCGAAAAAUAAAUUUUCAGAUACAAAGCUGAACAAUCUCUGCUCGAAAAAUUUGUUUGCCCAAAAGUCAGGCUGUAAAUUAGGGGCUGAAGAUAAUGGGCAAAAACAUAAUAUUGAUAAGCGUUUCGAUAGGCAAAGUUCACUUACUUUUAAACGCUCCACACUCGAAGGGAAUGGUAUGUACAGCAGUGAUGGUAAAAAGCACUCUAGUGGGCUAUGGUAUUCUAAAUCCAUAGAUCUCGACGACAAAUCGUUGGCGGAUAGUGAUUCGAAGGAUCAGUAUAUACCUUCACGAUUUGGCUCACAAAUUUCCAAUUAUGAACAAAUGGAGUUACGGUGUGAACCUGAGUUGAAGGUCAUUGAAGUGCCCGAAGAACUUGCUGUUUCACCUUCUCAGUUAAGUGAUUUGGAUAGUGACACAUCAGAAGUGGAUUAUAUUGCAAAGAUCGUUAUUCCUUCUUCCGAUGGCUCAUAUAUUCAGCCGGCUGUUGAUAACGCUUGGGUCGGUAAUAAUGUAUGGGCUGAUGUCCGCUGUGUAUGUGGUCACUCUCAACCUAAAUCCGGACUUAUACGAUGUCCCAAAUGCAGUACUUGUCAACAUGUACAGUGUAUGGAGUCAUAUUACAAUGUUACUAUGCCUCGAUUGAGUGAUGGAUAUACCUGCAAUGUAUGUGGAAAUGAAAAUACUGAAUUUCAAGGUACAUCUAACCAAUCAUCGGACACAACAACAAAUGCCAAUGCAAACAAGGAUUGUGUUGCUCUAAAUGAUGAUACUACGAAUUUUAUUGAUGCUGCUAAUAAUUCGUCAAUAAAAUUGACUCAAUCUUCUGAUGGGAACAUUGGAGCUCAGUAUGUAGAAGUUGCUGCUGAUAGAGCGAAAAGAUUGGGUCUUUUGUCGAAUAACUGCAAACUGGAUGCUGAUGGUUCUACGUUUUCUGGGUCUUGGUCUGGUCACUCUGUUGUAAAAGAACAUGAUACUACUGGACGUUCUGGUUGGUCAUCUGUGAAUUGGGAAAAAUUGAACGAAAUUUCUCGUUCUGGUCGCAGGCAUCAUGGUGAUACAGAUGUCAAUUUGAGAAUGCCAUCUCCUCCAAGAGCAUCCAAGCGGAAGCAAGACCUAACUUCUACAUCGUAUAAUGACACAGAAGUUGCCGCAGCCGAUUCGUCUUCUGAACAAAAUUCCAACACUACCGUUAUUUUACCAAAUAGUGGUGAUGAGUCAUCUUCUGUAGAUGUAACACCUUCGAGCACACCGUCAAAUACUCCAAUGAAACCAGGGACUUUACCACUCACUCCUGUCACUCCCACAAGUACACCUGGUGGCACGCUUACACCUGGUUCUGGAUACAGUAGUUCUUCAGGUGUAGAAGGCAGUCCGCGUCGUCACAGACUAGGUAUUGAUCGUUCAACUCAUAAAGUCAGGAGAGUUCUGUUUUCCGAUGGCUCCAAUUCAACGAAGCGUCGUUUUGACGCUCGAACUAAUCCUCUUGGUGCAGCUUGGGCUAAGGACUAUCAGGAAGCUGAAAAUAAUGUUUAUACGAAAGCUCUGCUCGAACGUAUACAGAGUAGAAUAUCUGCUAGCGUCGAGCGAAAUCAUAAAAUCCCCCCGGCAUGCUUAACUCGGAGUUCGCUUUGUCGAGUUGUCCUUUUUGAUCAUAAUGAUAAGGGCUUAGAAGCAUCAAUCAGAUUAGCACCGAAUGAAGUUGUGACUGAAGUUCGAGGUCAUUUCUUACUGAUGGAAGAAUAUGAACACUAUGUAGAUCCUGUUUCCGACUAUAAUCGUUACGUUAUGUUUUAUCGUGGGUUUGGCGAUCGGACGGUUGUCAUUGACUCUAGUCAAUAUGGAAAUAGUGCACGAUUUGUUCGACGUUCAUGUAUUCCAAAUUGUAGACUCGAGCAUUACGUUGUUCAAAAUAAACUUAAAAUUGUAAUUCGUACGUCUGUUGAAGUAAUGCCCGGGACUGAGUUAACCAUACCUUUUGAUUUGGACUACCGGGCGUGUCGUUAUCCUUUGGAUUGUGCUUGUGCAAGAUCUCGUUGUCCCGUUCUAAAGUGGCGACGAAAAUUGCUUCGAAAUAAAGUGGUGCCCAACUUGGAUUAUAGUAAAUAUAUUGAAUCACAGCUCAGAGUACUUUCCAAACCUUUAUCUCAAGAAAGUCCGACAAAUAGAUCUUUUGAUUCCAGUAGUUUAACAGGAUCUCCAUUAGUAAAAACAUCUGCCACUUCAAACAGUACUAUGAAUCAACCUAUCGGUUUAUCACCUAAUGUUAAUUACAAUCUGUAUAAUAUAAAAUCAUCACCUGGUACUUUUCGUAGAGAGGUUGAGCUACCUAUCCAUGACUGUGAUUCUUUGAUUGCUGAAAAAACAAAUCACAGUGAUUUAGAUUUAAAUACAACUGAACAUUUAGACAGUUCUGUUUCCUUGAACUGUGCAUCGUCUUCUACGAUUAUAAAUCAAAAGGAAAGUAGUGAACAGGUUAAUUCAGAUCUUAUCAAUUCCGAGAAUAAGAAUGUUACCGAAUCUGAUUUCGUAACUGACGAAAAUCAAAUUCCUAAAAGUUCUCAACCUGUAGAUAUAUCAGCUGAAAGCAAUUCAAGAACAUCUUCAACGAAGAUUAAAGAUUCUUCAUUUCGGAAAAAUCAAAAUACGAGUGAAGAAAAACUGCCUUUUGAACCUAUCAUUACUACAAGAAGACAGGCUGCAGCUUUGAAAAAUAUCUUAAGAUAGUGGAUGUUCGAAGCUUUCACCACUAGCAAGGUAAUUUACUUUUCUAACUUGAAAACAUUUCCACUUUUUUUAAAACAUACUACUGUUCUGGUAGAGUUAUUGGGUCAUGAUAAUAAUGACGUAAAACUUAUUUCAGUUAGCCAGAUAAAUUUUUGUUUUGCUAAUAUUUUGAUUUCUUUUCUUUGUAUAUUGUUAUUCAACAAUUUUUAUGUCUUUUUUUUCUUUGUCCAUAUUUAGUUUAGUGUAAACUAACUUAUGUUUUCUUUCUGUUUGCGUAAUUGGAUUAUUUCCUUUCCUGUUCCCC